AAUUGAAAAGCGGGUGAUGGAAUGCAAUUCACCCUUAGGAGAAACAAGUACGACAACAGAGAUUGGGAAAGAAACAACGACGGAAGAGGAACCGUUUCUUCUUGUUCUACCUACUCUCUCCUCUCUAUCUCUCUUUCUGAAAAAAUUGUUUUGAUUUUUGGUUCGCUCUCUUCCAAACAUGAGUAUGACCCAAUUCGCUAUGUAGAGCCGAUUAGCAGGAUAGAAGAAACCCACAGAUAGAAAUCAAAUCUUUCCACUCCCAUUCACAACAACAAUGCGAGUUGAAGAAUUGGCUUCUCUUGUGAAGGACAAUCUUCCCUGCAAGCAUCUUGUUCUUUCAGUGGAAGAAGUCUUGAUUAACUUCCUUCAGACUGAUACCAGCUCUGAUGGGGUUCUAGAAUUAGAACCUAUGAAUUCAUAUAACCGUCUCCUUUUGCAUCGUCUUGCAGAUAUAUUUGGAUUUUCCCAUGAAUCAGUUGGUGAAGGAGAUGAUCGGCACUUAAUUUUGGAGCGAUGCCCUGAGACAUCAAUACCCUCCAUCCUUGUUAGUGAUAUCCUGUGGCAGUAUGAUGACCCUCAAUCUUCAGCAAUGACACAUCAAUUAUUAAAGAGAACAGAAACCUCCCCAGUGCUAAAGACAAAAUCACCAUCAGUUCAGCAUUCACUCGAGGAGAGAGAAGCAGCUUAUUUGGCUGCUCGUCAGCGAAUUUUUUCGAUGGAUUUGGGAGAAGAAAAAGAACCUGUCAAGCAGAAGCCACGAAGUGUUCCAGUGGUUGCUCGCAGGAUGAUUGCUCAUGCACUAGGGCAAAGAAUCAGUUCAAUCAAUCAGGAUACAGCUCUUAAAGAUUUUAGUGGUUCUGGAGAGGAAACAGAUGAAAUGAAAGCUCAAGAUAAGGAUAAAAUUGAUCUCAAUCUGACCCAGAAAACUUUUCAAGAAUCCUUUUCCUUGUCAGGCACAAAUACAAAGUCUUAUGAUGAAGUUAAAAAAAAUGAACAGAGUACUUGUGCAUCAUCACAAAGUGAAUGGAAGGCACCUCAAAAACAAGCUGAGAAGGUAUCUAGUAGUGUCAGCAUCUCUCGGAGUGGAAGGGAUAGGAAUAAUGUAAAUGAGGACCACCAUAAAAGGCAACAUUUGGGAGCUGCAAAAAGAAUGUUUGCUCAUGCCUUGGGUAUGCAGUCAGGCAAAGAGAGUUUUCUUUCAAAAUGCAGUGAGAUAAACCAUACCAACAUGGAAUAAGUGUCAGAAAUUCACACCAGCAUAUUGGUUCCUUGUCACCUUUCUAUUGCGCUUGUCCACACUCCACUGGUGUUCUCCAUGUUUUCAGUUCCAUCCUAAGGAUGGAUAAUGUGCAUGUACUGAUAAGAGCUGAUCAUUUAUCUCAGGAGAUGUGUUGGCAAAAGAUUGAAGCCAAGGUAUAGCAUAUUGGCUGCUGCUGGUUCUGUGGUUUCAUAGGGAAGUUUAUAUAAACUCCUCAAGGAAAAGGCUAUUUCAUGAUAAUGAAAUUCGAUUUAAUGGUUGAGACUUCAAGUGAUAUGGUGUGGUGUGCAGAAGUGGUUUGAGAUGAAGCAAUGCUAAAUUCAGACAUGCAUGCAGUUUCACAGACAGCCAAGCAAAGUGUGGGGGUUUGAUAGUUAAUUGUGUUGCUUGGUUUGUGCUAUGUUAAAAGACCUUUUCUUUAAGUUGUAUCUAAAAAGUUUACAUAAUUAUAUUAAUUAUAUAUACAUAUGUUUGAAUAGAA